UGGCCAGAGAGUGCGCGCGCGGCACCGCAUUUUUGUCACCAGGCUCUCUUCGGCGUUCCUCCACAGUGAUUAGUCGUUUUUGACAAUCGUUUCGUUGUAGUCCUCUUUGCGUGUUCUCAACUCUUCGCUCCUCGUCGACUUUCGUCCAUCGUUCGCUAACUUGUUCACCGCGUUUGUGGUACCUAAGUGUUUCGAAACGCGUUUAUCGGAUAGAACGCGCUACCUAAGUCGGUGUCCGUCUCUGUGAACCUAUCUCGUACCUGUGUAAUUUUCUAUAAACUUUAUCGUCGAUUUAAAAUUCUGCUUGCGAUCACAAUAUACUUUUCGCCAAUAAACCAUAGUUGACAUUCAAAAGGCAGUCACAGUCGGAGGAGAAGAUCGAACAGACGCCACCAUUGUAUGUAAAGUCAUCAACGCAGCGGGCAUAAUUUGUUCAGUGGCUUUAUUUUAUGUGUAUAUAACAUAAAUAUUAAAGCAUACCCAAAAACAGCUUGGUUGAGAGUACAUAAUAAUAGUUCAUUGUUCAGCAACCAUCAAAAAUUCAUUUUACAUUGGUAUUGAGAAAUGUGUGUACUGCGAUACUUCAUCUGAUGCAUCCAUAACUGUUUGUAAUUACAUUAAACUGCAAAUGUGAAGAAGAUCAAAUUGAAGGAAUAUUAUUCAACAAUUUUUCAUUGUCCAAAAAUCCUGUUAACUUUUCGGUUCUAUCAUCAUUAAACAGUAUCAACUUAUUCAGUUUCAAAUCUUACUCCAUAAAUACAGUUAGACACUAUAAAGUGCUAAACAAGAAACGAGCACUAUCAAUUUCAAAACAGAAGAUUUAUAAAUCAAACUUUUUGUAUAAAAUUGAUAAAAAGAUUAAGCUCAUGACAAAUAUGGAAUCUACAAACAACAUUCUUCCUAGAGAGACAGAUAUACAAAAAGACUAUGUUUUGAAAAAGUAUAAAAUAGGUUUUCCUAAGUGUAAACUGACAUCUGACCAUAAAAAUCAAAUUACUUGUGACAACCCGCAUUGUUUGCAUGACAUUAAAACAUUUCAUGUGAAUGAGGAAUUAGAGUACAAGCUCCGACCAGCUGAUACUUUUGUCGGAUUGAAAAAUUUAGGAGCAACUUGUUAUCUCAACAGUUUACUUCAACUGUGGUUUCACAAUAUAAACAUUAGAAAUGCAAUAUUAAAUUGGGAUCCCAUAGAUGAUAAGUAUGAAAAACAAAAUCAAACUCUUUACAUUGAAAACUCAUAUAAGCCAAUGUCUGUAAUUGGUAAUCUUCAGUUAAUAUUUGCCCAAAUGCAGUUUGGAAAUCAAAGAAUAGUAGAUCCUCAACCCUUUGUAAAAUCGUUUAAUAUUGAUGUUAAUAUUCAAGAGGAUUCGGAAGAAUUUCAAAAUAUUUUAGUAACAUUUUGUAACGAGAAAUUACAAUCACAAUCAAAUGUGUCUGUUAGAGAUAUUAUGAAAGACAAUUUUUAUGGUAAAUCUUACAGUAUAACUACAUGUUUAAACUGUAAAACUGAAUCAGUAACUACAUCAGAAUUUAGAGAAAUUUGUUUAAACAUUAAAUGCUAUAACACCGUAACUGACAGUUUACAAGAGCAUUUUAAAAAAGAAAAAAUGACAGGAAUUAAUAAAUUUGAUUGCUUACAGUGUCAUAGUAAACAAAACGCUAUUCGCCAAACUGUAUUAACUUCAUUACCGAAUUUAGUACACCUUAAACUCAUGCGUUAUGUGUAUGAUAACAAUUUGAUGACAAUAACAAAAUUAAAUACUGAAACUAGAUGCCCGUACACUAUAGACUUGGGAAAGUAUUUUGAUGUAUCGCAUGAAUCAUCAAAAGAGGAGCAUGUGUAUAAUUUAUAUGGAGUUAUAAUCCACAAAGGCAAAAAUGCAAAUGUUGGUCACUUCAUCACACAUAUAAAAGAUCUGAAAACCGAACAAUGGUAUGAAAUGAACGAUGAAAAUGUGAAAAUGUUGAAUAAUAACAAUUCAAAUUUGUACAAUGGUAGCAUAUUUAAGGAAUUUGCAUCAAUUAAAUUUUUCAACAUUCAAACAAACGAGUACAGAACGAAUAAUGCAUAUAUUUUGGUGUACAUAAGAGCUUCCAUAGUAAUGAAAUUAAAAACUGAAUCAUCUAACUUCACAUUGUCACCACGACUGACUGAGUUAAUUAAGGCCCAAAACAAUUAUUAUGAAGAUAGAUUAUCAUAUGAAAUUGAUUGUAUAGAAUCUGCGAAAUUUAUAUCAAAGUUAAUUGAAGAAAUUAAAUGUAAUAAAGUGAAAAAAGAUGAAGGCGAUGCUAUUUCAUAUACCUGGUUAGUAUCGUUGGCGGAAACAAAACCUCCUGAGGAAGUUUUUGAAAUAAACAACACAUCCAUAGUAUGUCCACAUAACAAACUGAAUCCUAAUGCAUUACACAUAACCAAAUACAUUGGAACGGAACUGGCUGAUAAACUGUAUGAUUUGUAUCAAGGGGGUCCAAGACUUAAGUUAAAUUCGUCAUUAUGUGAUUUAUGUGUUAGAAAUAGAUCUGCCUUAUUAUGCAUGGGGAAAUUAACCAAUGGACAUAAACAAUUCAUAUCUGAGAUUCAACAAUUUGACUCCAAAAAUAAUAAUACAGAUGAGAAAAACAAUGAACAAACUUUUUGGUUGGGAAUACAAUCGUCUCAAUGUUGGCAGGUAAGAUAUUUGAAGAUGUUUGAACAUUUUCUAAAACUUCACAAAAUACUUCCUAAUGCAACAUUGCCAAUAAACAAAGAAUUAUUAGUUGCCACUUGUAAAUCAUUAAUAGGAAUUUUAGAUGAUACCCUUGUCAAUGUAGGUAUAGAAGAGAAUAAUAUUGAAACAGAUGACGACACGGAAAGAGAAUUAAUUGAACCUGAUUAUAAUAUUAGUGUGUACAAAUUUAAAGAUAAAAUUAUGAGAGACUACUUUGAAAACUUAGAAAUUGAACGCACUCGCAUAAUGUUUGAUUUCAAUAUCAACAUUGAUAGUUAUAUAGACAAUAUAUUUUAUAUAGAAAAUACCGAAAAUGUACAAUGGACAUUAAAUGAAGAUAUAACAUGCCCACACGGUAACUUAUGUAUAGCUAAAGAGACAAUGAUAUUAGUUCCGGAAGAAGUGAAAAAUAUAUUUCAACUUUACUUUCCUAAAGUAGAAUUUUUUGCUAAAAACACCAAACCAUGUAGUCUGUGUAAGGCAUAUUAUAAAAAUAUAUACAACCCGAGAAUGAUAAACUUUAUGAGUGGUAUUUUACAGAAGAGAUAUGUAAAUACUUUAAUAUGUGAUGAUACAAGACCUAAUUCCACGGAAGAAAAUUGUCCAUAUUUUUGCAUUCCCAAGGACUUUCUUGAAUCUUGGCAAAGAUAUGUUGUCGAACCUCGUGAAGUACCCAGGCCCUUAAUGAUUAAUAACAAAUCCCUCCUUUGCCAAGAUCACAAUGAAUUACUAUUUGAACCAACAUCUAAUUUUGUCGCAACAGAUCAGAGUGUAUCAGUGAUAAUAACUAAAAAAGAAUGGUUAAAUCUGUUAAAUUUUUAUGAAGCUGAUUGUGGAGUAUUUGUGUAUUUUGAUAAAAAUGGAAUUUUUCAAAAUUCCAUACCAAAAGUCUGUGGGAUAUGUAAAAAGACUCCGAGGAAAGAAAAAAAGUUUGAGGAUUACAUUAAUAAACAAAUAUUUAUUCAAGUAUCCUCAAACUAUUUAAAAUGUUAUGAUAUGGACAGCGAUUCUGAAGGUAAUAGUGUAAAGAGAUUUAAACAAGAUGUUGCAUCGACAAAUUACGCCAGUGAAUAUGAAGCAGCAGCAGCCUCUUCAAUAAACAUUUACAACAGCACUUCUGAUUAUGGAACUAAGAAAAUAGAGAGACAAAUGCCACAGUACCAAAGUAUUACAAUGUCAUCGAAUGAUACAGUUUUCUUACUUAAAAAUAAGAUAGAAAAGGUAUUCAAUGUCUCGCCCGCAAAUCAAAUUUUAGAAACAGCAUCAGGAAAAACAUUAAUUGAAAAUGAAGCAAAAUUAAGGGAUCUACAAAUCUAUCCUGGAUCAGUGAUAAUAGCAAAGUUUAUCAAUGCAAAUUUAACCAAAAAUGUUGCUGUAGAAAGUACAGAAUUUAAAGGUAGUCCACUUAUGAAUUGAACAACCCGACUAUUACUUAUACAUUGAAAAAAACAGUUAUAAUAAUUGUUAUUGACUGGUUGAAAUGUGACUAUUAUAUUUAUUUAGAAAACUCUUUUUUAAAACGUCCAUGCCAUAAGUUUGUAAAAUAUUUUUAAUUAUUAAGUUUGAAAUCAUAAAACUAUUAAUACAAUUAUGUUAAGGUAAAUUUUAAGAAUGUUGUAGUGUUGUACCAUCCGGUAAUAUAUUUUUUUAAAGUAAAAUGAUACCAAAAAUGUUUAAAUUUUUUAAUUUCAGGAUUUUGAAUA